AUGGCGUCUGAUCAGAGUUCUGCAUCUGAGUCAACACCGAAUGGCGGAGAAACUCGUACUCCUAGUCCGUCAAUACAGUGGGCUGCUGCGUUCCAAACACCGGAGUUUACAACGGGCCUUCAAGUGGCAAUUACUAAAGCAUUGCGCCAGUCAAGAGCACCGAUCGACCAGAGUGCCAGCCUGGAAGAACUGGGGAAUCCUGCAAACACGUUUUGGCGUGCUACACGGACGGUCCAUCAGCUAGAGACUCAGGUAGGAGGCUCACAGUCUCGGCAGAACACAGGUAUGUUGAAUGCUCCAUUGUUUGUCGUAACUAGUGAAUUAAAUGGCGCAGAAACGCACGCCGAUCCGUCUGUGAACAUCACGCAAACUCGACUCUAUGGAAUAUCGGAAAAUCACGAACUUGCUAGACAAUUUUGUCCAUCUGCGUUUGUACCUAACUCGAGCCCCGAAAAUGCUUUUGUCCUCGGCCCUGGCAGAGCUCCAAUUCCAGCAAAAUUGGUUAAACGAAUCGUGACUCACGAGUUUAUUGAAAUGUCAGAGUUAAAUCCCGAUAACCUAGCAGAACCUCAAUCAGAAACGGCGGUUUUCUCUAUCGAGGGCUCUUCUAUUAUCCCCAAACCGGCAUCUACCAAGAAACGUGAUAUAUCGGAUAUUCUAACGUGGGUCGAAUGUUUUAAUAGCUAUACCGCCGUGCUUACGCAUUUUUCCCCAUCCCGCAGUCGAGAUUUUUUGGCGUAUAUGGCCCUAAUCAUUCGCACGUCUAAACGCUUUGCGGGCAUGGCAUGGCUACAAUAUGAUCGCGCAUUUCGCCGAGAAGCCGCAGCUAACAAUACACGGGAUUGGAGUGUGAUGCGGCCGGAUUUAUACAAUUACCACACGGCCUUUGCAAACCGUAAUCCCCCGCAAGAGCAUAGAUUUCGCGAGCCCCGGCGUAGUUCCACAUCGCGGCCAUGUUGUUACUCAUGGAACUCGGGGCGUUGCACCGGCAGCCGGGACACCUGCCAAUAUAGUCACAUUUGCUCCGUCCCAAAUUGCAAAGCCUAUCACCGGCGUGUCGAACACGAGCGUUUUCCCUCAGGAGAAAAAAAGCGCCCUUAUGAACUAGCAAACUAUUCACGGCGCGCACACUCGAAAUGAGUUAGUCGAAACUCCGCAGGCGGCCGUUUCCGGGCCGUCUGCUUUAACAGGAAACUAUCUUCAUGAAUAUUUAGUUAUAGCGGUAUCAGAUAACUUUCCUAUUAACGUUGACAUUUUGCACACACAAUUGACAGCACAUCCUGAUCGUGUGAAAGUUAAUUACAUUGUUAAUGGUCUCAAGGAGGGUUUUCGCACGGGUUUUUAUAGAGAUAAAAUUUCGCUAAUCUCGGCACAGUCGAAUGUUCCUCAGCGGAUGCUCAUCCAGAUGUCAUUGAUAAGUAUCUGGCUGACGAAACUCAUGCACGUCGGGUAAUUGGGCCUUUUGACCACCCUCCCUUUCCAAAUAUACACAUCAGUCGCUUUGGCGUCAUUCCGAAGAAAAACAAACCAGAUGCAUGGCGGCUAAUUUUAGACUUAUCAUUUCCCACUGGUCAUAGCGUUAGUGAUGGUAUUUUAAAAAACGAAUUUCCAGUUGUGUACACUACUGUUCAAGAUGCCAUCAGAAUGAUAGUUAAGACAGGCAGGGGCGCUUUAAUGGGUAAAACCGAUGUCCAGAAAGCAUACCGCAUCAUCCCAAUCCAUCCAGGGGAUAGAUAUCUCCUGGGCAUGAAAUGGCGAGACAAGUACUUUGUGGAUAUCGCCUUACCGUUUGGUGUCCGCUCAGCGCCAGGUAUUUUUAAUUAA